AUGAUCGCUGCUCCGUCCGUCCGAGCCUUCGGGCAUCGGCCGGACCUACCAAGGUCCCAUGGCUUGCCGCGAUCCAUAUCACAAAAGAUCGGAGGCCGGCCCUUGCUGGGCGUCGCGCUCGUGUCGAGUGUGAGUGUGAGGCGCCGGCAAGCUUGGACCUCUUUGCGGGCCAUCGCUUCGUUUCUGAAGGUUGCCCUGACGAAGCCUGAGGAUCACCCUCAGGUGUUGCAUGAGGAGGAGGAUUUGCUGGUGGCCUGGAAGCCGCCGAAGAUGUCCAUGAAGCGCCCCAAGGGUGGCCUCAGCGAGUUCGAGGCGUGGGCACAUGGCCUGGAUCGCUGGGUGCCGCGCUCCCCAUUGCUCGGCCGCGGCAUCGGCGGGGUGGUGCUUCUUGCGCGCGAGCCUGGUGAUAGCUGGAAGCCGGAGGCCACUCUGGCCUUGCUGGUGCAGGGCGAGCCAUCUCAGGCAACACUGGAUGCAGCUGUCGGAGGACCUUUGCGGAGUUUGCGGGUCAUCACAGCCUCAGAGGGCUUGCAUCUGGGACGCCUCAGCUUGUUAGAGGGCGAGCUGCUGCCCGGAAGAAGCGAGAAGGAGGUCCGGGCGCUGCUGGCAGAGUUGGGUCAUCGCAUUAUCGGCAACGGCCAACUCUGCGCCCGCGCCGCCGGGGUGCGGCGCACUUUCUUGGCAUCGGUGGGGGUCAGGCACGAGGCCGGCGCAUUUCUGCUGGCCCCGCCCCCCAGCUUCCAGCGCUUGCUGCAGACGGAUGCGGCGGCGCUGGAGCGCCGUUCCGCUUCGAACUGGCACGGCCGCACGGAGCACCACGCCGGCUGCGCUGUGUUCGAUGGCCUCGACCUGGAACCCAAACGUAUGCCGAAGCCCACACGGUACACUGCGGACAUUUUGGUGUUCUACCUGGGCGAGGAACUGGAGCUGCUUGGCGCCUUUGGGCCGCUGUUGACCAUCACCCGAAAGCACUGGCCCUUCCCUGGCUGCCUCGCGCUGCCCGGGGGCUUCGUGGAGAAGAACGAGGCCUCCAUCGAGGCGGCGAGCCGGGAGCUGCAGGAGGAGACCCAGGUGUCCGGGCUGCCUCUCACUUUCGUGGCCCGCUUCGACACCCCGAACCGGGACCCCCGGGGCCCGGUCACCACGGACGCCUUCUUGGCCUUCGCGCCCUCUAGGCACUGCCAGGCGGGGGAUGAUGCGGCCACGGCGCGGUUUCAGCCACUCAAGGAGCUGGCCACAAAGAGUUGGAGCUUCGACCACGCGGAGAUCGUGGCUGCUGCGCUGCUUGUGGCAGCAGAGCUGCCCUUAGAGGACCAACUAGCAGCUGCAGUGAGGGCGGCGUGCGAAGUCUGGGGAGGCCGUGCCUCCGGCACAUGA